GCAGUUCAUCGACAUUAAAGCCCCUAGAAUAGGAAGUGUGAGUCAUACAUUAAGGUAUAUAUAGAUCCUAAAGGCAACGUUUCAUCCUCACAUUCUCCUUUAUCAUAAUCUUUCUAUCCUUUAAAAUGGAUAAACAAUGGCACUAUCAACUUGGCGACGAAAACUUCACCAUCUCCACAGAUCCUGACAUUCUAUCGCAUGAAUUCAUCCAAACAUCCUUCGCCAGCCCAGCCAUGUACUGGGCAACCCCAGUAUCCUCAGAAAGCCUUCAACUUAUGAUAGAAAGGUCAUGCUUCUUUGGCCUUUAUAUCAAGUCUCCCAGACUUUCCACGCCAAAUCAUUCGGAUAUCCCUAUAACACCUCAAUUCAUACAAAUCGGCAUGGCCCGUUUGAUAACCGACUACGUAACGGUCGCAUAUCUAGCGGACGUCUUCAUCAUCCCACAGCAUCAGGGCAAAGGUCUGGGAAAGUGGUUGAUACAAUGCAUCAAGGAAAUGGUCGAUUCGAUACCGAAUUUGAGACGGGUUAUGCUCAUGGCGAAGAAUGUACCGCAUGCGACGAACUUUUAUCAGGAAUUACUCGCGGUGCAGGUGUACAACCAGACUGAUAAGAAGGUGGUUUUUAUGAGCAGUUGAUUUGGUAUUUGCCCGUUGUAUAUCAUAUGGAUCGUCGAAUGGAUAUUGAGUAAGAUCAAGUGUAUAUCUGUUGCCACAUCCUUCCUCGUCCCACCAUCUGUGUCUCCUGUGAAUGCACCAAACAGAUACCUGUUCAAUCAAAAAACCCAAGGAACAAGUCUCGCCGUCGAACGAUUAUAUUCCUCCCACUCCUUUCCAAAACACCGCCGUAGCAUCCUCUCCUCGUCCAGAAUCCUCGCCGGGAGACAAACCAGAAGUGGUGCGACGAUAAGAGUCCA